UUCACGUUGUCUUUGAUACAGUUUGAGCUCUACAAUAGUAGUUGCAUACUACUUGCAUUGCAUUUCAUUUUUCUAACAUGUCGACCAUCAUCCAGAUGGAAACGUUCCAAACGCUUUUGACUGAACGUUUUAACAAUUUCGCCAAUGUCAUAUUUAAAGAUGUGACGCUUAUGAUAAAAGCCUACCAAGAGGAGAACGACCGUCUGCGGUCCUUACUGAACGAUGCAACAACCUCCUUGAGGAAUUCAGCCAAAAUCGAUCACAAUAUAUCGGCUGGACCGACAAUGGGCGUCAAACAGCAACCACCGGAUUUGAACAUUCCUGGCGUGGAGACGGGAGCAGCGGACUUUGCCAAAAGGCCUAAAAUGGAGCAUACUAAAGUUAAAACACCGGCUCAUGUGAAGGAAGAAGAGAAUAGUAAUGUUUUGCAGCAAUUUGACAAUACAACAAAGGAAGAACCACUGGAAGCACCUGUGUCAUUUGCAAAGGAAGGGCCAGAGCCAUUGGCUGCACUGGAAGUACCUGUGUCAUCUGCAGAGGAAGUGCCAGAGCCAUUGGCUGCUACGACUGCAGUGGAGCAAACGGGUCCAUCACAGCCAUCUGCAUUUGCAGGAUCUGUGCAAAAAAUGGAAGCCUCUUUGAUAAUUGCUGUGAGUGACCAUCCUGUCCUUUACGACACGACGUUGCCGACAUAUAAAGACCGGAACAAGAAGGACGCUGCCUGGAGGGAAAUAAGCGUCGCGCUCAAUGUUUCUGCGGAUACGUGUCGGCGCAAAUGGAAGAACCUGCGGGACACGUACCUCAGGAACAAAAGAAUAAGGAGGGAGGGAGAAAGGAGCGGAUCAGCGGCUGGUUCGGCGUCGACGUGGAAACACACAACAGUGAUGGCGUUCCUUGAUAAAUUUGUAGCAUCGAGAAAGACCUCUACCAAUUUCGACAUGAGCCAAGACGAACAUCAGAGUUUGAUUGGGGACCCCACUCCUGGCAUAGAGCCUAUCUGUCGAGCAACUACACCCUCAAUGGACUCGCCUCCUGGACCACCUGCCUUGGGAAGCACAGAAAUCACGCUGACAGACUGCACACCAGCCAUGGGUCACAUCGCAGAAACGCCAGCCGUUGAGCUCUGUGCUACUCCCCCUCCACAGUUAGCUGAGGACCCCUCCAAUUUCACCCCGGCAGUCACACCACAAAGGCCGCGUGGUAAAAAGCGAAAGGACUCUGUGGGAGACCUGGAGAAUGAGAUUCUCCAAGCCAUCAAAUUCCACGGAAACAAUUCACCAACCCACAAAAUAAGCCACUGUCUUCUGGAAAUACAAGAGCGUAUCGAACCACUUCCAAAGAUGAAGCAGCAAGAGCUUCAAUUAAAGUUGCAUCAGCUCGCAUUUGAGUUUGUGAGGGCACACAGAAGCUCUGAAUAGUUGAUAUUUUCUUUAAAUUUUUUACUGUGAAUUUUUUCUUCGCGUACAACUAUUGUACUUUGUGUAUUUUGCAUUGGGGGAUUAAAGUUUAUUUAGUACCAAAUUGAUCUCUUGCAGUCU